AUAUAUAGGAAAAUAUCAAAAUAUAAGCUCCAUGUUUUUAUCCUAAAAUAAUAGUUUGCAUUGUAUUCGUGUUUUGAAAAUCUUUUUUGCAAGAGCAUUCACGUUUAGUUUUACUAAUUUGAAAAGCCUAUUUAAUAAUAAUAUUUAGCUUUAAUAUUUUCAAAAUAAAUUAGCAUCAUAAAAAAAUUGUUUAGAAAAUACCAAAUCUUUUCAAACAAAACUAUAAAUUUAAUUUGUAAGAUGUUUGUUCUGAAGUUGCUAGUGCUCCGGGCAAAGAGAGAAGCUGAGCAUGGUCACAAGCCCAAGCCGGUGCAAGUCAAGAAGGAAGAAGCACCGGGACCUAGCCGGCCGAGGCACCACUAUGACCCGGUCAUCCGAGUGGUCAAUACAGAAGAAUGCCAAGAAGUCCGGAAAGCACCGGUCAUUCCUCCAGAAAACCCUACCGGUCAAGUAGGGCGGCAGUGGUCGGGCACCUAUUGUUCGUACCACAGGUCUGAUUCCCAUAACACCUCCGAAUGCAAGAGUGUUAAAGGGGUCAUCCGGCAGAUGAUCGACAGUGGAGAGCUGGGCAAAGAUUACUUGCAGAAAGCCCAGGAGAAGAGUCAUCAGUGGGUUAGGCCAACUGCCCCAGGGAAUGACCGGGACAAUGACCGGCGGAGGAAUAACCGGCCAAGGGAGCGGCAACCUGCCCCCGAAAAAGAACACAUCGGCAUGAUCUUCGGCGGACCCGAGGGUGGAGAUUCAGCCGCGCAGCGGAAGAACUGGGUCCGGAGAAUUUACGUGGGAGAAGUAAGUGCUGAACCGCCCAGGCGUAAACAUACUAGGAGGGAGCCAAUCGUCUUCACUGACCGAGAUCUCCCUCCUACCGGUGAAGAUCACAAUGAUCCAUUGGUCAUCACCAUGGACAUUAAUGGGGUAGAUGUCGCCCGGGUACUUGUUGACACCAGCAGUAGUGUCAACAUCUUAUACCUGGAGACCUUCCAAAAACUCAGGUUGUGUCGAACAAAACUUGAACCCCUCAAAACCCCUCUCUCAGGCUUCACGAGGGAUACCGUUGAAGCUGAAGGAUCCAUAGUUCUACCGGUCGAACUAGGAUCAGGUGAAAAGACCGUGUGGAAGAAGAUGCGGUUCAUAGUUGUGGACAUCAAAUGCGUCCACAACGCAAUCCUAGGAAGUCCAGGCAUCAAUAAAGUCGGGGCGGUGAUUUCCAUGCCUCAUCUAUGCAUGAAGUUCCACACUCCAGGUGGUGUGGGUGAGGUGAAGGGCGACCAGAGGAACGCCCGGGAGUGCUAUGCCCGGGCAGUCAAGAAAAUGACCAGGGGGGUCAAUGUCAUCUCCCAAGAGAUCGCAAAAGGAGAGACCCGGGAGAAACUGGAGCCUGAGGCUGAAACGGUGGAAAUCGAACUUCACCCGGGUGAUUCUUCGAGGAUGGUCAGAAUUGGAGCAAAUCUCCCCGAGGAUCUCAAAGAGCAGAUUACACGGGUCCUCCAAGAGUACGCGGGCAUAUUCGCAUGGAGCGUGGCGGAUAUGCCCGGGAUAGAUCGCUCUGUUAUCUGCCACCGGUUGGCCGUGAGGGAAGGAAGUCGACCGUAUAAUAGAAAAAAUAUCAAAACCCGGAAGAGGGGCCCGGAAGAGGGUAUGCCUGCAAGAGGGCUGGACCUGGAAGAGGGUUCGAACCGUACUUACACGGGCCCAUGAGGUUUGACUGGUGUCGGGGAAUCAGCCGGCGCCGUCAGAUUGAUUGGGGACUAAAAAGAUGCCCAUUAAAAGAAAUAGAAGGGGAUCGUCCACCGUGGCGCAUCCUACAUCCCCCUUCUCAGGGAAGACUUGAACGGGGGGUGAGCUAAGGCCUUCCCGGGAUGGUAGAAAUCAAAGGGCCAUUAAAAGACUUAAUCACCC